GACUUUUUGAGUGUCAUAAACAGUGAUCAGAGACCCCUGUCACUAUCACUACGUGUCCACUCACAAAAAGUAGUCCUCAAUUAUUCGGUGGUGGGAAUCACUGAUUCUAUUACAGUAACAUUGGCACAAGUAUAUUAUAGCACAUGUAAGUCAUUUACUGCAGUCGUACAAAGUAUCUUAAUUUCAAGAAGGUCUUACACAACGUUCCAUGUCAACAUCUUCAACAUCUUCAACAUCUUUCGAUAAUCCUAGCACCUGGUCGAAAGCCCGGGAUUGGCUCGAAACCUGUGUGAAAAACCACACCGACUGUACCAAGUCCGAUGUGGGGUCAUUUCUGCCGCGUCGCCUCAUAGACGUCGGAUCAGCGGAUUGUGUCUUGCGUCCAAGGCUUUGCCUGUCAGAGAACCUGCCUGCUACAACGUCUUAUCUGACAUUGUCUCAUUGUUGGGGGUCAGAAGUCCCAGGAAUACUCUCAACGGGUCUGCUUCCGCUUUACUUGACCUCAAUUCUGACCGAUACGAUUCCUGAAAAGUUUGUGCAAGCUAUGGAGUGUACCAGGAAGCUCGGGUAUAGAUACAUCUGGAUAGACUGCCUCUGUAUCUUGCAAGAUUCCCCCGAUGAUUGGGCUGAACAAUCUGCAGAAAUGGACAAGGUAUAUGAAAACUCUGUUUGCAAUAUUGCUGCAAACAACAGUGAUAGUUGGAGGACGCCCUUGUUCCUUGGCAGAGAUCCAUCUGUGGGUAACCUGACUGUGCUAGCGUUACCAGGUCGCGUCGUUCCAGACAACAUGGAAUACUUCGUAUGCCUUCCAAGGAUGUGGCGUCGUAACUUCUCAGACAGUCCCUUGUUUCAAAGAGCUUGGGUAGUGCAAGAACUUGCAUUGUCCCCAAGAAGUCUUCAUUUCUGUACGGGGCAGAUGUGGUGGGACUGCAAGACUCACACAGUAUGCGAAUCAGAAUCGUGGUACGGCUUGCGACGAGUUGAUGAUAUAUGGCAAUCAUUAUCUCCUCGCUUGAAACUAUCCGAAUCUUCUAACAAGAGUCGCGUUUGGGAGCGUAUAGUCUGCAGAUACACGGCAGCUCAAUUAACAUAUGAAUGCAAAGACAAGCUUGUUGCGCUCUCAGCUUUGGCUAGACGAAUGGGCGAGGCUACCGACUACUUAGCCGGUCUUUGGAAAUGGGACCUCCCCAGAGCCCUACUUUGGCAUAUAGAGUCUCACGAUCAGACACCACUGGCAUCCGGUGCGCCCAGCUGGUCUUGGGCUUCCGUAAAGGGUCGCAUGCCGCCCAGUCUCCAUCGUCGUCCUUAUAAAUAUAAUGCUAAGGUACUAUCCGCCAGCACCGACAAGACAUCUGAAGACCCGUUUGGCACAGUUUCUGGAGGCGAGAUUGUACUCGAAGGUCUCUUCGUGCACGAGUCGCGACCUGACGAACUUUGCCGUCGUGGGCAGCAUCAGACAGUAAGCUGGGAGCCCCUCUCGGAUGAAUAUCAGUUCGUCAUUGGUGGGAGCACCAAUCAUGGACCUUGGGGACUAAUACUACGACCGACCGGAGAUAAAGGUCAGUUCACAAGGGUCGGUGUGUAUUACAGGACUCUUGUCCACCCUCCGGCUCGUACAGGCGGUUGGAAUCGUAAUGAUUACGAUAAGCAGUUCAACGAAUACGCUGCAAGAUGCCACGCAUUUGUCCAGACAUGCGACCCAAAUCUGUACCUCAGGAAAAGCGAUCGCUAUCCAGGGUAUGUUGUAAUCAGCAUCGUGUAGUCAACUUGCCUUGAGAUGGUCAACUUGGACAACACUGUUGUAGUAUUCCGCGUGCUUGCUAGUACCCGGCGAUUCGAGGCACUCUUUUGAAGAUCAAAAUGUCUUUUUGAGUUGAGACUGUGCUGAGAGACCAUAUGCUCAAUGAUCUUAAAGAUCGCGCUCCAUCCGACAUGCGAACUGCAUCGAACCCCUCCCAAAAGAGA